AUAAUUUAAAGAAAUAAUAUUGACAUUUAACAAAAUAAAUAAAUCAUGUUGACAAUAAAAAGCAGCAAUAUGAGUCAAGCAGCUGGGUGAGAGAAAACAGAAAGCUCUAAACAUUCAUCAGCUGCAGCCAGUUUUCUUUCUGCUACAAGUUUCGGCAGGUCUAUUUGGGGAAUUCGAUGGCAUCAAAAUUAGCUCAAUUGAAGUCCAAGGCCUGCCAAGCUAAACAGUUUGUGGCCACUCAUGGUACUUCCUACUACAAACAGUUAUUAGAGCAGAAUAAGCAGUUCAUCCAGGAACCAGCCACUGUGGAAAAAUGCAAUGAGUUGUCCAAAAAGCUGUUGUAUACUCGUCUUGCCAGUAUUCCUGGUCGUACCGAAGCAAUGUGGAAGGAAGUUGAUUAUGUAAAGCAAGCAUGGAAGAAUAGGAAGGACUUGAAAGUGGAAGAUGCUGGCACUGCCGCGGUGUUUGGGUUGGAGUGUUUUGCAUGGUAUUGUGUUGGUGAGAUUGUUGGGAGGGGAUUUACAUUCACUGGUUAUUAUCCUUGAAGUAUGAAAUCCUUGGUUAAAAGACAAACCAGAUCCAUCAUCAACAAACAGUUUUACGAUCUUCCUUUCAUCACCAGCUCACAGCUGAUCCAAGUCAUUGACACUUGAUGCAAGAUUUUGCUAUUCUGCAUAGUAUUUUGAAGUGAAGAAACAAUUGUUAGAAUAUGUUGCUUUAAUAAUCUAUAUCCUGCGAUAUGGCAGUAUCAUAUACCCCCUUGGUGGGAUUGCUUUUGUUAUGGAUUGAGUUCAUUUAGUUGUGAGAAGUCUUAAAUAUUUUCCAAAUGUUAGUUGCUCUUGUUCAACUUAA